AUGGCGGAGACCACUUCGAGCUCACGAAAGUCCAAACUGCAGAAGGCGACAGCUGAAGAAGUUCCAGUGGGAAAGGCAGGCAAUAAGCAGCGCCGCGUUCUCCGUGAAAGCAUCCAGGGAAUCACAAAGCCAGCAAUUCGGCGCCUGGCCCGACGUGGUGGUGUGAAACGCAUCAGCGGGCUCAUCUACGAGGAAACCCGCGGUGUCUUGAAAACCUUCCUGGAGAACGUGCUGCGCGACUCGAUUACCUACACAGAGCAUGCACGCCGCAAAACAGUUACGGCAAUGGACAUUGUCUAUGCUCUGAAGCGCCAGGGUCGCACCAUCUACGGCUUUGGUGGAUAG